AUGGGCGAAGCACUGAUUGAGGGAUCCAACUGGCGCCUCGUUGAGGUUGGCCGUGUUCUGCUGAUCAACGGCGAGCACCCCUACAACGGCCGUCUGGCUGCCAUCGUCGAGAUCAUCGACCACAAGCGAGUUCUCGUUGAGGGCCCUUCCUCAGACCCCAAGCUCAAGGUUCCCCGACAAGCCCUGCACCUCAGCAAGGCUCUCCUCUCUCAGUUCGUCAUUGAGAACCUGCCCCGAGGCUCCCGACACACCACCCUCACCAAGGCUUGGGAGAAGGCCGAGAUCGAUGCCAAGUGGAAGGGCAGCAACUGGGCCAAGAAGCGCGAGCAGAUUGAGCGGAGAAAGGCCCUGACCGACUUCGACCGCUUCAAGGUUCUGCGCCUCAAGAAGCAGCGACGAUUCGAGGAGCGCAAGGCUCUGGCCAAGAUCAAGGCCUCCGCAUAA